UUCUCCUACUAUGGAAUGCGAGCUGUGCUCGUCCUCUACUUCAGAUACUUUCUCCAAUGGGACGAUAAUACUGCUACCUCUAUCUAUCACACUUUUGUCGCCUUGUGUUACCUAACCCCAAUCCUUGGAGCUGUUGUCGCUGACUCAUGGCUUGGGAAGUUUAAAACCAUCAUCUACCUGUCCAUUGUCUACACAUUGGGCCAGGUGAUCAUGGCUAUCAGUACCAUUCAUGAUUUGACAGACACCGACAGGGAUGGAACCCCCAACAACUUAACUGUGCAUAUUGCCCUGUCAAUGAUUGGUCUGAUCCUGAUUGCUCUGGGUACUGGGGGAAUUAAACCUUGUGUGGCUGCCUUUGGUGGAGAUCAGUUUGAGGACCACCAGGAAAAACAAAGAAGCACCUUCUUUUCCAUCUUUUACCUGUCCAUUAAUGCUGGGAGCCUUCUCUCCACUUUAAUCACCCCAAUCCUCAGAGGACAAGAGUGUGGCAUCCACUCACAACAAAAAUGCUACCCACUGGCCUUUGGAGUUCCAGCCGCAUUGAUGGUUGUUGCUCUGAUUGUGUUCAUUGCUGGAAGUAGCAUGUACCAGAAGGUAUCCCCUCAGGGCAACAUACUGCUUGAGGUUUGCAAAUGCAUUGGGUUUGCCCUGAAUAACAGAUUUAAACACAGAAGCAAACAGUACCCAAAGAGACAACAUUGGAUGGACUGGGCCUCUGAGAAGUAUGAUAAACGUCUUGUUGCUCAAAUCAAAAUGGUCUUGAAAGUCCUGUUCCUGUAUUUACCACUCCCUAUGUUCUGGACACUCUUUGAUCAGCAGGGUUCAAGAUGGACUUUCCAAGCCACCACUAUGGAUGGACAUUUUGGCUCUAUACAGAUUCAGCCAGAUCAAAUGCAGAUUGUAAACCCCAUCCUGAUUGUCAUAUUGGUACCUAUUGUAGACAGACUUGUAUAUCCAUUGAUUAAGAAGUGCAAGCUGAACUUCACACCAUUGAGAAAAAUGACAUUCGGGAUGCUGCUUGCUGCUUUGGCUUUUGUAGUAGCUGCUGUGCUUCAAAUCCAAAUUGAUAAAACUCUGCCCAAAUUCCCAUCAGCCGGUACAAGUCAAUUGAAAAUCAUCAAUUUAGGUGAUGCUACUGUUGAUGUGAACAUAGUGGGAGACAAUUUUUCAGCAGACUCUUUUAAGCUUAAGGAUACUAACGAAAAGCCAGUACAAGGGAAUAACGCCAUCAGAUUUGUAAAUGCCCUGGAGAACAUAACAGUUCUAAUCAAGGCAGGGACCAAAGAACCUGGACAUGUUCUGCCUUUCACAAGUUCAGAUUACGUGCUACUGCCAGAAGGAGUGAGUGAAUUUGUCUUCAGUUACAAUGACACAUUAGUAAGAACCUGCACAGUUUCAAAAUCUUUUGGAUUUGGCAGCUCCUACACUGUUGUCAUACAGAAUUUAAAUGUAAGAAUAGCCAAACUUACAUACAUUGAAGACAUCCAACCCAACACAAUUCACAUGGCCUGGCAGAUUCCGCAGUACUUCCUGAUGACAUGUGGUGAAGUGGUCUUCUCCGUCACUGGGCUGGAGUUUUCAUACUCACAGGCACCUUCCAAUAUGAAAUCGGUUCUCCAGGCUGGCUGGCUGUUGACAGUAGCUGUUGGUAACAUCAUUGUGCUGAUCGUGGCCGGAGUGGGACAGCUCCCUGAUCAGUGGGCUGAGUAUAUAUUGUUUGCUGCAUUGCUGGUUGCGGUUUCCAUCAUUUUUUCAAUCAUGGCCUAUUUCUACACCUACGUGGACCCAGCAGAGAUUGAAGCUCAGUUUGAUGAAGAGGAGAAAAAGAAGGAUGUUCACGAAAUGAGUCGGAAAAUUGUAAACCUAACCAAGGAAAAAGCCAGCGUUCUCUGCGUAAAAACAUAUUAA